AUGUCCUCCGCUGCCAACACCAACGCCAUCCCCCUAGAGACGAGGUUCGUCUGCCUGGCACAGUACGUCCCCAAACCAAAGAGUACCACCGGUCGCAUUCACCCCUACACCCAAACCGGCCUCGAGCCCAAAGUCCCCCGACAAUGGGCCAUCGUCGUCACCUCCACCUACCUCCCCAGCAGCCCCGCCACGAGCAUCUUCCAACCACCCGGCCUGCAAUGGGAUAACAUCGCACCAACUAACCUCGAAGGCUUCGAAUUCCAAGCUUUCCUCUCCCUCGGCUUCGUUAAGAUCGACCAACUGGACCGGUUUGCGAAUGUCGUGAAGGGUACGCCGCGCAUUCCCGAAUUUCCUACUCUGGAUCAGGACGUAGGUACGGGCUCAAUGGUUGACCUCGAGGCUAACAAAGGAUCUGCCAUCGUUUUGGACAACGACGACCGUCUCUGGGCGUACUCUGCUCUAGAGAAAGUCGUAGCCGAGGGUUUCACAGAUAUCGUUCUACCCUCCUUCAACAGCCUCCGCAUGCAGUUCAAGGAUCUAGCUCCCAAAGACCCGGGCGCUGAACGACUCAUUCAGAAAUUGUACGACUGCAUUGCGAGGAUGACCUUCUUCAUCAUGAUCAUGUUCUUUUCGAACGCUCUAAUCCUGGGGGUCUCUGCGGUUUUGUACCUCUAUGAUAAGGGCCCAGUAAGGUCCAAGGUCCCUGCAAUCUUUUCAGCAGCCUCUGCCGUGACGUCUGUGAUAUUUUUCUUGUUGAUUCGGUACGCCACCAAAGUCCCACAUCGGGUCAAGGACAGGCGCUAA